GAUUAUCAUUUAACGUAUUCUAGAAAAGUUAGGAAAACAAUAGCUAAUAUGAAUUUAAAUUUUAUUGGCCUUACUCUUGAUCUCGAAAUAGAUUACAACACACAAAAAUACAUUGAAUCAAAAAUGCAAAAUUUUCCGAAAGAUGACCUCAACUCGCCUUUUAUAAAAUUGGAGAUCUCUCCACAAAACUUUAUUUCAGAAGAAUUUAAAGAACAAAGGUAA